AUGGGCCUGUUUAUCCUGUCCGAAACGAGCGCGGGCUAUGCCCUCUUCAAAUCGAAGGAUAAGAAGCUGCUUUCAAAGGGCGACGAGCUCACCAAAGAUGUCUCGGCCGUUGUCGACUCGCUGAAGCUCAAGCGCUUCCAGAAGUUUGAGAAUGCCGUCACAGCGCUCAACGAAGCCGCUGCUUUGACCGACGGCAAGGUCAGCCCUAUGCUGUCCAACUUGCUCCAGGAGCUCAAAGACGAGACCAAGGCUUCAUUGGCUGUCGCCGACCCCAAGCUCGCAAAUGCCAUUGCCCAUAUCCCUGGCUUGUCGCUCAAGCCCAUCUCCGACUCCUCCACCCAGGAUGUCUACCGUGCCAUCCGCGAGCACAUGACCUCACUCAUCCCUGACCUUAUUCCCGCCGAGAUGGACUCGACCCGCCUGGGUCUUGCGCAUUCGCUCUCCCGCCACAAGCUCAAGUUUUCGCCCGACAAGGUCGAUACCAUGAUCAUUCAGAGCAUUGCCAGCCUUGACGUCCUCGACAAGCAGCUCAACACGUAUGCCAUGCGUGUCAAGGAAUGGUAUGGAUGGCACUUUCCCGAACUGGCCAAGAUUCUCAACGACAACCUGGCCUACUCCAAGGUUGUGCUCCAGAUGGGCUUCCGCACAAACGCACGCGAAACCGACCUUUCCGGUAUUCUGCCAGAGGAGAUUGAGGCUGCCGUCAAGGCUGCGGCAGAGAUCAGCAUGGGAACUGAAAUCACCGACGAGGAUCUCGAGGCUACAAGUGCCCUAGCUGAGCAGGUCGUUGAUCUCACCGAGCAUCGCCAAAACCUUGGCAACUACCUCUCCUCUCGUAUGCAGGCACUUGCACCCAACCUGACUGCGCUAGUCGGCGAACUUGUCGGUGCGCGCCUCAUUGCUCACGCAGGUUCCCUCAUGAACCUCGCCAAGUCCCCCGGUUCAACCAUCCAGAUUCUCGGUGCCGAAAAGGCCCUGUUCCGUGCGCUCAAGACCAAGCACGAUACCCCUAAAUACGGUCUCAUCUACCAUGCUUCUCUCAUUGGCCAGGCGACUGGUAAAAACAAGGGUAAAAUUGCUCGCAUGCUCGCCGCCAAAUCCGCUCUCGGUCUCCGUGUCGAUGCUCUCAGCACAUGGGGUGUAUCUUCUGAGGAUACUUCCAACGAGCCAACGGAAGAGGAGAAGUCGCAGCUUGGUCGCGAUGCUCGCUUGGGCAUCGAAAGGAGAUUGAGGGCACUCGAGGGAAAGCCGCUGAAGAGCCUGGCCAACGCCAACCAGACCGCGCUCGGCUCACAAACCAAGUGGGAUGUCAAGGAGGCACGGAAGUACAAUUCCGAUGCCGAUGGUCUGACUGGCGACGAGCCCGCGGCUAAGAAAUCGAAGAGUGACAAGGUAAAUGGCACAAGUUCCAAGAAGCUUGUACAAGAGGUCGACAAAGACGAUGAGGAUGAGACCAUGGCCGACGCGAACAGCGGUUCUGAGGAGUCCGAUUCCGAUGCAGAAGAGCAAGAGGUUGCCAAGUCUGGUGGUGACAAGGCGGCAAAGAAGGCAGCGAAGGAGGCCAAGAAGGCCCGCAAAGCCGAGCGUGAAGCCAAACGAAAGGCAAAGGAGGCAAAGAAGGCCGCUAAAGAAGCCAAGAAGGCAGAGAAGGAAGCCAAAGACAGCAGCAAGAAGAGGAAAGCUGGUGAUGAGGGCGACAAGGCAGAAAAGAAGAAGAAGAAGAAGAGCAAGGACUAG